AUGAACGAUAGUUUCAAAAACAACUUGCGCCAAGCAUCGAAAAAAUCACUCUCCUUAGUCUCAAUUUGUCGUACAUAUCAAUUCGUUUACGAACAGCCUGAAACAGAUGAGACUCAUUCCAAGUUUCGGGACGCUCCGCGAAUCUUCCAAGAUGAGCUUCAGGAACGUAACGGUAUCAUCAAUGGCGGGACUUUGAUCAUGCAGAAACUGCCAUGGACAAACCAACUACAGUGCGUGGUAGAGCUUUACUGCGUAUAUGCGAACCUCGGCUCGUCUGCUCCUAUCCCUAACACAUUUACGAAUCACUGUCUGGAAGUUAUUGGCGUUAUGAAUCUUCCAGGCAUUGUUUUUGGCAGGAAAACCCCUAAAAUAGGCUUCUGGGAACGCUUGAGAGAAGCUGAGCUGGAAACAUGUCAAGGCUUGAUGAGUGGUGUUGAGACACUAACAGGCUUACCUCGCUCACUGCUUGAUAUAUUGGCCUAUACUGAACAUGACCCAGCUCAACUCGAGCUUUGGAACUGGCAUGGAGAGAUGGGAGAUAGUCUACAAGCACAACUAUGGGAUGCUUGGAGAUAUGCUGGAAUCCUUUAUAGAGAGCAUGUUGUGGCUAAGAGUGAAGAUAUUGACAGAGAUGGUGUUCCAGAGAUAUCAGUGAUGGGAUUACCUUCCACAAAGUACAUCUUGUGGCGCUCAUAG